UCGCCGGCGAAAUUCACUCAUCGGGUAAUUUGGAUUGGUUCAGACCCUGUGGUGAUUUUGCACUUCAUCGAUCUUACGUAAGUCUCAAGAUAACCGAGGAGGAGCGAAUCUUCUCCACCCCAACGUGGCAGCCGAGGGUUCAUACGCAGUGCGCUAUUUUCGCCGGCGAAUUGGGCUCAGAUAGAUUCACUUGAAGCCGCAUAUAUCCAGCUGGUUUGAGUUGUCAGGGCAUCGCAGCGCUCCUUCGGGUAUUUAAACUCGACUUGUCUCUCCUCAACCCAUCACCUCCCUCAACCCAACCCACUUCAACCCAGUUGUACUUGCACUCCGCCCCUAACAAUCCAACCACCACACACAAAAAAAGCACCCCAAACAACUCGACCAUGCCUGCCUGCGGUUGUCCCGAUGUCAAGUUGGCCAACGGCCACAUCCGCUCGUGCACCUGCCAGCCGUGCUCCUCAGGAAGUCUCUCAGAUUGCAGCUGCAACAAGGAGACCGGCUGCGGCUGCAGUUCAUCCGUCUUGCCUCUCGACUCUCCCGACCGAUGCUCAUGUGCCGCUGCAGGCAAAACUUGUAGCUGCUCAAGCUGUCCUUGCAAGAGCGCUCCGCUCCCUGGAACUUGUUGCUCUUAGGAAUAAUUAGCUGCAUCGGUCUUAAUCAUGAACCCAAAGCCGUCAACCUUCUGAUCGCCUUGCUUUGAGAGAAUAGCUACCUUUUUUUUGUAUGCAUACAUUGUUGUUCGGUUUACCCACCAUGAAUAAAAGGAAUGACUGCCAUGUUUGGUACCUACAACAAUACCUACUGCAGCCAACUGAAGUAAAAAAGUAUUGUAAUGUGAUGUCUCCAAGUAGCCCUCAGCAAACAACGAUUGAUCUCCAAUAUAACCACACGGUCUCCCGGCUUUCAAUAGUGUGCUCUUGGC